AUGAGACCUGUCAAAUCAACUGGCUCUGGGCUCCGAAGCCUCCUCAGUUUAUUGGUGUUAUUAGUGGAGGGAUGGCAUGAUCUGGAUAACAAAGACUAUGACUGCUGGCCCUUAGAAAAACCAGAUGAGUAUAACAUGCUGGAUUGCGGAGGCCUUGAGAUGGCAUGGGUCCAACGACCUCCAGAAAAGGCCUUAAGUGGGGAGUUCUUCAAUGUAACCUACACAGUGUUUGCUUCAGAUCACUUCUACCAAUAUGCUGUCCAAAACGGCAUCCUCUCUCACAGCAAUGCUACUGCUGCAAAGAAGUUUUGCGAAGAACAGGAGUGCCCUUCCAACUGGAAAGAUGCAAAUGGAGAGAACUGCUGUGUUCAUCAUGCCAACAUUCACUCCUGCCCCUUGGCCUUUAUGGGGAAAGGUGGAAUAUGUGGGCCAUGGAUUCCAGAUGAUGGACAGAUAUUUACUCAUACCCUAUCUACAGCUGGCAAAAUGAGUCAGAAAAACUGGACUGCCAAGGUAGUUUUGGUUCAUGUGGGUGUGACCUCUCUCAUCGCACACAUCAGAGUUGGCAGAAUGCAGGUAGCUCUGGAAGCCAAAACCACUGUCCUACCUGCAGUAGUGUGUGGAGAUGGUUUUUGUGAAGACGAUGAAGGCUGUUCGACAUGUCCAGCUGACUGUGGAGAAUGCCCACUGACAACUGGUGCCAGAAUAGCAAUCGCCUUACCAAUAUGUUUCGUCUGUUCUGGCUUCAUACUGACAAUAAUGUGGUUUCAAUAUCAGAAGCAAAAGAUGUUUUGGGAUGAAAGCUGGAUUAUAGACUUCCGCCACAUCAGACAAGAUCGCAUGGUAUGGACUGCAAUGGGUAGCAUCCUUAGUGUGCCCCAUGCACCCAGUGAAUCCAAUGCCAGCUGUAUCACUGCACUGAGCUCCUGCACAGCAGCUGUCAGCACCUCCAGAAAGCAGUACUUCACACAGACCGGAAUAUAUGAUGGAAGGACAGUCGCCAUCAAGAAAAUAAUGAAAAAGACUUUCACUCUGUCCAAAUCCAUACGGAAGGAAGUAAAGCAAGUGAGAGAACUUGAUCAUCCCAACCUCUGCAAAUUUGUCGGAGGUUGUGUAGAGGUGCCAAACAUUGCAAUUAUGACAGAAUACUGUCCAAAAGGGAGCCUGAAUGAUGUUCUGCUCAAUGAAGACAUCCCUCUAAACUGGGGCUUCAGGUUUUCCUUUGCUGCAGACAUUGCCCACGGAAUGGCAUAUCUUCACCAACAUAAAAUGUAUCAUGGACGGCUGAAGUCCAGUAAUUGUGUGAUUGAUGACCGAUGGGUUUGUAAAAUCGCAGACUAUGGAUUGCAGUCUUACAGGAAAGAAGAUUCCUCUGGGGGUUCUAGUUCAUAUCAGCAGCAUUUGAUACAGAUUUAUUUGCCACCUGAGAUGCAUUCACUGUUGAACUUUGAACCUACUCCUAUGGCAGAUGUGUACAGUUAUGCCAUCAUUUUAUUAGAGAUUGCAACAAGAAGUGACCCUGUGCCGAAGGAUGAAUCUCUUUCAGCAGAGUAUUCUUGGUGCCCGCCUCUGACAGAAUUAAUUUCGGGGAAGUCUGACAAUUCCUGCCCAUGCCCUACAGACUAUGUGGAGCUAAUCAGAAGGUGCAGGAAAAACAACCCAGUCCAAAGACCAACAUUUGAGCAGGUCAAGAAGAUGUUGUACAAGAUGAAUCCUAACAAAGUUAGCCCUGUUGACAUGAUGAUGACCCUGAUGGAGAAAUACAGCAAACACCUGGAAGUCUUAGUUGCAGAAAGAACCCAGGACUUAAUGCAUGAAAAACAGAAAACUGAUCGUUUGUUGCAUAGUAUGUUACCAAAGCAAGUAGCAGAUAAUUUAAGGCAAGGAAAACCUGCACAAGCCCAAAGCUACAUAAGUGCCACCAUCUUUUUCAGUGACAUCGUUGGCUUUACUCAGCUGUCCAGCACCAGCACACCUUACCAAGUGGUGGACUUCUUAAACAAGCUCUACACCACCUUUGAUGAAAUUAUAGACAAUUAUGAUGUCUACAAAGUGGAAACUAUAGGAGAUGCAUACAUGGUCGUGUCAGGGGUACCCAAGGAGAAUGGAAUUCUGCAUGCUGGAGAAAUAGCCAGUAUGGCCCUGGACCUUGUGGCAGUGUGUAAGACAUUCAGGAUUCCACACAAGCGCAACACCCAGCUGCAGAUACGAGCAGGAAUCCACUCAGGGCCUGUUGUGGCUGGAGUUGUUGGAACCAAAAUGCCACGGUACUGCUUAUUUGGAGAUACUGUGAACACCGCAUCCAGGAUGGAGUCCACCAGUGAAGCUCUUAAAAUCCAGUGCAGUUUGAGUACAUACCAACUGUUGAAGCAGAUUGGAGAGUAUGUGUUAGUGUGUCGAGGGAAUUUACAAGUCAAGGGAAAAGGAGACAUGGUAACUUACUGGCUGGAAGGAAAGCAGGCUGCUGCCAGACAGAAGCAAGUUCCCAAAUUGACUGCACCGACUCAAAAGCUGGAUGCCACCACUUUUAGUUUGAUUCCUGGAGUUUUGCCCAGUGACCCGCUCUCAAGUGCAACUUAAAGGACUUGAGUGGUUUGGCUGUUCCUGUUUCUUGUCUUUUUCAGCCUAAUAUAUCUGACAAACCUCUCUUGUGUUCCUGAAGGGCCUUGGGUAUUUGAAAGUCUCCCUUUCUGUGCCACACACAGAGUCAAAGCUAAAGAAUAGGUGCUGCCUCCCCAUACCACCAGUCCUCCUGGAUUUGUGUCACAAACAAAAAUAUAGUAAAAGAAAUGUUUGGCAAUGACAGGUGUGUGGAUAUAAGAAGUGAAAUGGAUUAUUUUGUGUCAGA